AUGUCGUACGGACCGCUGGACCCCUACCGCCCCGGGCCGCCGGCCCCGCCGCGGGACUUCGGCAGCAUCAUCCAGACAUGCAGCGCCAACGUGCAGCGCAUCGCGCAGUACACUGCUCAAAUAAAGAAUUUGAUGAUCCAGCUGGGAACCAAGCAGGAUUCCAGCAAGCUCCAGGAGAACUUACAGCAGCUCCAGCACUCUGCAAACCGCCUGGCCAAGGAGACCAAUGAGUAUCUCAAGGAGCUGGGCUCUCUGCCACUUCCCCUCUCUGCUUCUGAACAGCGCCAGCAGAGGCUUCAGAAAGAGCGUUUGAUGAAUGACUUCUCCACAGCCUUAAACAACUUCCAGGCAGUCCAGAGGAGAGUGUCAGAGAAGGAAAAGGAGACUGUGGCAAGGGCCAGAGCUGGCUCCCGUAUCUCUGCUGAUGAGCGGUUCAGAGAGGAGCAGCUUGUGUCCUUUGAUAGCGGUGAAGAUUGGAAUCAAAUGCAGUCUCAGGAGGAAGAUCUGGCAAUAACUGAACAGGACCUUGAACUCAUUAAAGAAAGAGAAACAGCAAUCAGGCAAUUAGAGGCAGACAUUUUGGAUGUCAAUCAGAUAUUUAAGGAUUUAGCCAUGAUGAUUCAUGACCAAGGAGAUAUGAUUGAUAGCAUAGAGGCAAAUGUGGAAAGUGCAGAAGUCCACGUGGAAAGAGCCAGUGAGCAGUUACAGAGAGCUGCCUAUUAUCAGAAGAAAUCCCGUAAGAAGAUCUGUAUCCUGAUUGUUGGCCUUACUGUGGCCUGUAUAAUCAUAGGACUCAUUAUCUGGAUGUCAGCAAAAUGAACUCUCCAGGUGGAUCCUAGUCUCAUUGCUGAGAUUCUUUUCCCUCAGAGCGAACAGGCUGACCAGGCUCGGAAAUGAAUUGAGAGAGCACAAGCUGGAACUACUCCUAGUAAUAGAUAUUAGCAACUAAUGUGCAGAUAACUAGUGUUUGGAAUUAGUGAACCAUGGAGACAGUAUUUAUCAGUUUCUAUACAAAUUAUAUUGUUUUAUGUAACAGAGAUCUAUCUCGUGGGUUUGCUUUCUGUACUGCAUUAUUCCCUGUCCCAACUGUAUGCUGAAGUGUGAUCAGUAAGUGGAACUGUCUUGGUUUUGACAAGUGGCAACCCUAUAGCAUUUUCUGUGUGUGGGUAACUUUGGUGGACUGGAAUAAGAAUGACUUUCAAAGAGGGCACAACAGCAAUGCACAUUACCUUGGUCCAGCAGUUUCUUAAAGUCUCCAGUAUCUGCACCAUGGUUUUAUUAGUUUCCAAGUGGCUGUGGUCAUGGAUUCUCUCGAAGAGAAAGAUUUCAUUGCAGGUGUGAAUGGCAAGGAGGAGCACGCAUGGGUGACAGCUGGAACCACUGCGUGCUGCUCAGUGUAGCCUUGUGGUGUUUCUUUUCUCAGCACUGUUUGGGUGGUUGUUUUUUUUUUUUUCCAAAUUCCACAUUUGAGGACAGGAUGUUCUUUGAGUUACAAUCUAACAAUACAACUUCCUUAGAGACUGUAGCUGGUUGUUUAUUAUUGGACUUUCCAAUGCUGACUCUCAAGCACUAGAAAUACAAAGUUUAGCUGCACUCUCCUAUUUGUUUGCAGAAAUUUCCAGGGAUAAAAGUCACACAAAGAUAAGGAAGUAGGCACCAAAGUUUGCCAGCUAGCAAGAUAGAUGACUGGUAGAUGAAAUCUUGCUUCUGAAGAAGUACUCUUGAAGCUCAGCUCACCUGUAGUGUACCAGUAAAUAUUAUGUGUGGCUUGUGAACAUCUGGUGUUUCCCAUGCUUUAUGAAACAAGGUGCAGCAGUUAGCUGGGUUUUGUGGGCUGAGGAUGAGUGUGCAAGCAGAAGAGGGCUGGUUCCAGCUGUCUUGCUAGUAGAGCUGGUCUCAAGGUAGCAGCCACUCCUCGCUCUUAUGUAGCUCUGAACUGACAUCCACUGAGGGAACAGAAAUCUGUCCAAAGCCCAACUGAGUGUGGUAGAUGCAGCAUACUGACCCAUUUUGUAUUUAAUCCUUAUUCCAUGUCUCCUGUAUAAUAAAGUAAAUGUGAAGCUGGGAAGGGAGGUGUUAUCCCAAUUGCUCAGUGGUUUGCACUAUUACACCAUCAUUCCAUCUAACACCCAUCAAUAAACACUU